AUGGGAGAACCAGAGCACAUCAGGUCGACUUACAAUGAUAUACACAACAUCAUCAGAGGAACCUCGGACAAGAUUGCGUCUGAAUUCAAGCCUGACAUGUUCAUUGCGAUCGGGGGAGGUGGCUUUUUCCCAGCUCGUGUACUGCGCACAUUCCUGAAAGAUCCUUCAACGAAGACCAAUAUUCCGAUUCAAGCCAUUGGUCUCUCACUCUAUGAAUCUCUUCCUGGUACAACUGUAGAGCAGCUUAACGGCGAGGUUGUUCGCACCCAGUGGCUAGGGCCAGACCCGGGCAAAAGAUUGCUCGGAAGACGGGCGUUAAUCAUCGAUGAAGUCGACGAUACGCGCAAAACUCUCCAAUAUGCAUUGAGUGAGCUCCAGAAAGAUGUUGAAGCAGAACUUCAGCUGCUUCCAGAGUCUGAGCGUGACUCGAAACGCACGAAGUUUGCAGUCUUCGUGGUGCACAACAAGCUCAAGCCAAAACUUGGAAAGCUGCCACCGAAUAUCCCAUAUUUCGCAGGUGCUGAAGUGGAGGACGUGUGGCUUGAUUAUCCGUGGGAAGUUAUUGAUAUUGAGGAGCAUGAUCGUCUGGCAAAAGAGGACAAGGAGAGGAAGAAUAUAACAGUUGAGGAGCACUAACAUUACUAGGGACAAGAAGACAUGUGUAUGCUGAUCCCAUCCCUAUAAAGUAUUUGCUUGGCGUCCGUUUCGUGGUUGAUUUAAAUUUUACUCGUGCUUGGCCGUGUCAUUGUGGUCCAUGACGGACUUGAAAACGGAACCAAAUUUCAGUCCGAGC